AUGGUGGCUAUGGGCUGCUUCAUGGGCAAGGGUGCGGACCCUGGCGACCCGGACAUGGCUGGCGACGCUGCUAAGCUCGCUCUGGAAGUCGGCUACCGCCACUUUGACACGGCGGCGCUGUACCAGAACGAAGCCCUUGUUGGCCAGAUCCUCCGCGAGAGCGGUGUGCCCCGCGAGGAGUUCUUUGUGACGACCAAGUUCUGGAACGACCGCCACCACGACGUGGAGAAGGCGUUCUUCGAGUCGCUGGAGCGCUUCAACCUGGGCUACAUCGAUCUGUUCUUGAUGCACUGGCCGAUCUCGUCCAAGUCGGGCAACGACUUUGAGAAGGACGAUACGACGAACUACAUCGAGACCUGGAAAAAGAUGGAGCAGCUUAUCACUGAUCACCCGGACAAGGUCAAGGCUAUCGGUACGCUCAGCGAUCUGCUGAAGCACGCCAAGAUUGUGCCGGCCGUUAACGAAGUGGAAACCCACCCGUACAACCAAGAGCAGGAGCUCGUCGACCUGUGCAAGAAGCACGGCAUCGUCGUUGAGGCGUACUGCCCGCUGGGCCAGGCCGGCUCGCCGAUCCUCAAGGACGAGGACAUCCUGGCGGUCGCCAAGGAGGCCAAUGCUACAGCUGGUCAAGUGAUCCUGAGCUGGAACGUGCAGCGCGGCGUCGUUGUUCUGCCGAAGAGCACGCACAAGGAGCGCCUGGCUCAGAACAUCUCGACGGUCAAGCUUACCGAUGCCCAGAUGGAACGCAUCCGCCGCAUCUCGGAGGACCCGAGCCGUCACUGCCGCUUCUGUGCGGUGUACGACCCGAACACCAAGACGGUGCUUAGCUGGACGUACGAGGAGCUGGGCUGGGAGAAGCCGGCGAACAUUGAGUAA